AUGGAGGGACAGUCUUUGACGGAUUUUCAAUUGCAGGAACUGAAAAAGUGUGUGGAGAAUGUAAGAUUGGGAAAUAGUAUUCUUUUUGCCAGUUCAGUCCUAUUUCUGUUCGACUAUCUCUUGACGCUCGCCGACGAAGUCAGAUACCUGAGGCGAUCCAAACGACUCUCCAUAGGUACCGGAGCCUUCAUUGUAUCCCGCUACGGCGCACUGUUGGCGGCUAUCUUAGCCAUCCCAGCGGUACAUGAUCUGAGAUUGGACAGUGUGAAUACGUUGGUUCGUGUUGCCCCAAUUGCCGCCUCUGAAUUAAUUCUUGCCGCUCGAACAUGGGUAAUAUGGGGUAGGACCCGGACAAUAUUAUGGUCCCUCUCUGUUGUGAUUCCUGCUUUGAUCAUCGUCGGGAAAAAUGUUGCUACCAAUAGGGUGCGCCCGCUCAUAACUCCGGAGUUGGCAGACCUGUGUAGUGCAACAUUUGGCGACAACCCAGUUACUUUUGUUGUUCCAUAUCUCCUGACUAUUAUCUACGAGAUUGUCACACUCUCCUUAUCAUUGUUUCGCAUUGCACAGUUGAGAAGGAAUAUACCAAAGACCAUAAGAUCACCGUUGUUGAGUAAUCUGUGGAGAGAUGGUGUCGUGUAUUUUAUGUUCAUGCUAUUCUUAUCGGUCAUAAAUAUCAGUAUUAUACUUCAACCUGACGCCCCUCAAUUACGUACAGGUAGUGCGAGCCUUCAAGCGGUACUACACAGUAUAGUGGCAUCUCGCAUCGUACUCCACUUGGGGGGUUCGAAAAACCCUCGAGUUAUCACCAGCGCUAUAACUUCAGGUUACUCCGAAACUGUCACGGAUAUCCAGUUUAACUCGCGACGGUUCUCAAUGGGUCGUACUGUGGACGGACUUCCGGUUUCAAGAAGAUGGGAAGAGUACGAAGAAGGAUAAUGGACUUCGUGAUGAAGGAACCAAAUCGAUA